CAAAACUAAGUAUCCAAAAACAAUUCCCUUUCUCUCUCUCAAUCUCUCUGUAACCUUGAACUUUCUCUCUCUAAAAAAACAACAUUUUUAGAGGGAGGAAGCAUCACCGGACAGGAGAAACCCAGAAUCAAAAAUCAAAUCUUUUAAGGAUGGAGAAAAUGGGUGGGAGUGGGAAGAGAUUUGGGGUGUUGUUAUGUGCAGAUGAUUCAGAAUAUGUGAAGAAAAUGUACGGAGGGUAUUUUGGGGUAUUUGUGAGAAUGUUGGAGGAAGAAGGUGAAAGCUGGGAUGUGUAUAAGGUGGCGCGUGGUGAGUUUCCAGAUGAUGAAGAUUUGAAUCUGUAUGAUGGGUUUGUGAUCACUGGUAGUUGUAGUGAUGCACAUGGAAAUGAUACAUGGGUCUCUCAACUUCUCAAUUUGCUUAAGAAAUUGAAUGAUAUGAACAAGAAAAUCCUUGGCAUUUGUUUUGGUCAUCAGAUACUUGGCCGUGCAAUUGGAGGGAAGGUGACUCGUUCUCCAACUGGCUGGGACAUUGGUGUCCGAAACAUAACGUUAUCACCCUCUUUGCCAUCUCCUUUGUCUUCUCUUGAACUUCCAACGAAGCUUUCCAUUAUUCAAUGCCAUAGGGAUGAGUUAAGAGAGCUACCUGCCAAGGCUGAAGUGAUUGCUAAAUCAGAUAAGACUGGAAUUGAGAUGUUUAGAUAUGGAGAUCACAUUAUGGGAAUUCAAGGUCAUCCUGAGUACUCUAAAGACAUCCUUUUGAACAUUAUUGACCGUCUUAUUCAGCGAAAUUUCAUCACGGAAAAUUUUGCUAUGAGAUUGAAGGAGAAGGCUGGUAUGUGGGAGCCAGAUAAGGAGGCAUGGAAGAGACUAUGCAUCAGCUUCCUCAAGGGUCGUUAUUGUGAAAGAAAUGGAAUAGAAAAUAUGAACAUUGGUGGUAUAUUCUAAAGUAGUAAUCGUAUGGAAGAAGUUAAUAGGAAACUAAGGGUCCCCCCGCUAAUUAAGGUGUGGCACAUGCACCAGCUAUCUAACUAACUAGAUGCAUGUGUUAUUAAUAUUAGUGAUAGAAUUAUGUGGAAUCUCUGUACCUGAUGUGAAAUGUGAAAUUGUAAAUAUUAAAUUUAAAGUAAUAAAAAGCUUUCAGUUUUCUUCCUUUUGAA